UGCAGGUCACGCGGCUUCAUACACUUCAAUGAACGAACAUUCACUUAUGAAAAGAGAAAAAAGAAAUAUUGCACUGUUCCUUCUCGUAACACUCUACCUGACAUAAUGGCCCUCUCUUCUGAUCUGAAACGUUGUAUGCCCGCAACCUUGCAUCCGACCUGGUGGAGGUUUAGAAGUUGUGGCACAAUGCCCUGUUUCUAACGAGGAUCGCAUCUCAGAUCUGUUCUUGAAUUCUUCAAUGGACCGCAUAGACACUACGGAGUCAAUGGUUUGAGUAGGAUCUGGGAGCAUAUAAGGCUGUUGCGAAGUGGGAGAAGAGACCGGUAACUCUUGAAGUCGACGCCAUGGGAGGGGCAUCGGAUGUCCUCGCUGCUCUUGACAAAGCCAAUACACAAUGGUAUCAUUUUAAGACAAUCGUUAUAGCAGGAAUGGGAUUUCUGACCAACGCUUAUGAUUUGUUUUGCAUUUCCACUCUCACUCGACUUCUUGGACGGAUUUACUAUCACAACCCUCUGGACAAGAAACCAGGUGUGCUUCCUCCAAAUGUUUCUGGUGCCGUGAACGGUGUGGCGCUUUGUGGUGCCUUAGUUGGGCACCUUUAUUUCGGAUGGCUAGGAGACAAGCUCGGGCGCAAGAAGGUGUAUGGAUGGACGCUACUGCUCAUGAUACUUACUUCGAUAUCAUCGUCCUUGUCGUUUGGACACUCUGCAAAGGCUGUGAUGACUUCACUAUGCUUUUCCAGAUUCUGGCUUGGGGUGGGCAUUGGAGGAGAUUAUUCACUAUCUGCCACAAUCAUGUCGGAGUACGCGAAUCAGAAGACUCGCGGGGCAUUCAUUGCAGCCGUGUUUGCCAUGCAAGGCAUCGGAAUUUUGCUUGGCGACAUUAUGUCAAUAAUUGUUGCGUCCAUCUUUCGGAAUGCAUUGCGAGACGUCUCUUUCCUUGAGGACGCAGUUGCAUCAACCCCACCCCAAGCUGAUUACGUCUGGCGAAUCGUCCUCGCGCUUGGUGCUGUUCCCGCAGCCCUCACAUUCUAUUACCGUAUGAAGAUGCCCGAGACACCCCGUUACACUGCGCUUGUGGCUCGGAACAACAAGCAGGCCGCGAUGGACAUGGGCCGAGUACUGCAAAUGAACUUCUCCGACGCUCUUCAACUCACGGCUGCAGUUGAGGAAGCAUCAAGACCCCGAGACUAUGGACUCUUCUCCCGUGAGUUUAACCGCAGACACGGUAUUCAGCUUCUGGGAUGCACAACCUCGUGGUUUCUGCUGGACAUUGCCUUCCACAGUCAAAACCUAUUCCAGAAGGACAUUUUCUCGUCGAUUGGCUGGCUUCCUGCUCCAAGGAAGAUGAGCGCAUUGGAGGAGGUCUUCAGAAUAUCACGCGCGCAAGCUCUGAUUGCCAUGGUCUCAACGAUUCCAGGUUACUGGGCAACAGUGGCCUUGGUGGACGUCAUUGGCCGGUGGGUGAUCCAAAUGUUGGGGUUCUUCUUCAUGACAAUGUUCAUGUUCAUCUUAACGUACCGAUACUACCACUUUAAAGGGGAGCCCUGUCCAGACGAUCCAGACAUGUACUGCGGGGGGAACCGGACCGCCUUCCUCACUCUCUACUCGUUCACUUUCUUCUUCGCUAACUUCGGCCCACAUGUGACAACAUUCAUCAUCCCUGCCGAGCUCUUUCCAGCGCGACUGCGAUCAACUUGUCACGGGAUUUCGGCUGCAGCUGGUAAAGCAGGAGCCAUCAUCGGUGCGUUCGGCUUCAUGUAUGCGGCGCAGAACCAGGUCGAGGGGAAGCAAGAACAAGGCUAUCAGACCGGGAUCGGGUUGAAAAACUCCUUCAUGCUGUUGUCUGUCAUUAACGCUGCAGGCUUCUUGUGCACGUUCCUGGUUCCGGAGACCAAUGGCCGGUCUCUCGAAGAUUUGUCCGGAGAGGACGUCCUGAACCGCGAACGAGAUGAAAACAUUCCCACCUACGGCAUGGAUAAGUCACCCUGUAAUUUCUAGGUGCGAUAUCGACAACACAUCUAGACGAUGGACUUGAGCCGGAGAUGCUCACAACUUCGACGUAGCCCAGUUGCCAGCAGACGAAUACAGCUAGUUUAGAUUCAUGACGAUUCUUUGGCAACGUUCUGAUAGAGAACGUGUCUACUCACGAAGCACCUACGCGAAGCUGCUUCGGCUGCGAUUCUUCAUCUCCAGAUUUUAUGUUUAAUACUUCUGUCAGCCGUAAUCUAUUUAGUUCUGUAAAUCUGCUUGGUGCAGGCUCUUUGGGUUCUUCUUCAUGAGGUCUUAAGUUGAUACUCAAAACCUGAACUUGAGGUUGUAAGUUAAGAGACUUUUAUUUCUGUUUUUAUAAAAUCAAACUUAGAAAGUGGACUUCAGACAUUCAUUGCAGUCCAACGUUGAAUGGAGUAAAGAUGGUUGAAUUUGUGCUC